AUGUUAAUGGAUGUCGAAAGUGUUCUUGAUGAACGAGUCGAUCAAUACGACCUUGAGAGAUUCCGCGAGACUUAUGAAACCCAGUGCCGACGAGGUUCGCCCAGUGCUAUAGCCACUUUCAAUUAUGGAACCGCCUUGAUUCGUUCGACUAAGCAAGAUGUCACGGAAGGCACCAAUCUUCUCGAAAAGCUUUUGAGAGAGGAGCCUGAUGAUGUAAACAAGAGGGACUACGUCUACUUUCUGGCCAUUGCCAAUGCCCGGUUAAAAAAUUAUGAUCGGGCUUUGGCGUACAUUGACAUUCUGUUGGCUGCAGAAACCCACAACAGACAGGCAUCGCAACUUCGUGAAAUUAUUGAGAAGAGGAUGAAGAAAGAUGGUCUGCUGGGACUGGCAGUGAUCGGCGGUGGUGCCCUCGUUCUAACAGGCAUCGUAGCUGCAUUGUUUUCGGCAAGAAAGUGA